AUGGUUCAUGACGAAAUUAAACCUAGCGAUCCUAAUGUUCCUUCAAAAGAAACAAAGCAUGCUGGAAAUAAAAUACAUAACACUUUACAAAAAAUGUUUCAUGUUGAUAAUAUUGAAAAAGCAAAACAUCAAAAUGAUUCAAAGGCAUCUUACAACGAAUCUGAAGCUGAAAAUCAUUCCAAAGCCUCGUCUAUUAAAUCUUCCGAUACCUAUCAAAGUUCACGCGCCAGUAAUUUUACAACGGCUCAACAACAAAAUGUACGUUUUCGAAAAAAUGCUGAUGGUGCGUUUGGUAUUGUUCGAGUUGCUCACAAAGCAAUACCAAGAGUACAUGGCGAAAAGCUAUUUGCUGUUAAGGAGUUUAAGAAAAGGCACAAUGAACCACCGAAGAAAUAUAUAAAAAGAUUAACUUCUGAAUUUUGUAUUUCUUCCUCACUCCAUCAUAUUAAUGUCAUUAAUACAUUGGAUCUACUUCAGGACACACAAGGAAAUUAUUGUGAAGUAAUGGAAUAUUGUCCUGGUGGUGAUUUAUAUUCACUGAUUACCUCAUAUGGCCCAUUGGAACAAGAAGAAGCUGGUUGUUUUUUUGGUCAACUAAUAAAUGGUGUAAAAUAUUUACAUGAUAACGGUGUUGCUCAUCGAGGUUGUUUAAAGAUCACUGAUUUUGGUAAUAGUGAAUGUUUCCGUAUGGCAUGGGAAACUCAAGCUCAUUUGUCACGUGGUAUAUCUGGUAGUGAACCAUAUAUUGCUCCUGAGGAAUUUAUUGAAGAUUGGUUUGAUCCUAGACUUGUUGAUGUUUGGGCUUGUGGUAUUAUUUAUAUGGCUAUGAUCACUGGACAACUUUUAUGGCGAAUUGCCAAAGAUGCCGAAGAUCCCAAUUACCAUGCUUAUCUUGAAGCAAAAAAACAUGGAAAAGCUUUAACUGUUUUUCAAAGAUUAAGUGAUAAUCGUCGUCAAAUAAUGUCAAAAAUAAUAGAGCCUAAUCCAAAAGAACGUUAUACAACUGGGCAAAUAGUUCGAGAUCCUUGUUUCUUGAAUACUUACAUAUGUUUAAAACCCGAUAAUGACAAUAUUAAGAAUAAUAAUAAAGGUAAUAAUAAUGAUAUUUAUAAUAAUAGCAUUGAUAGUAAUUUAACCCAUAGUACAACUUGUGGAGCAAAAGCUGCUACUCGGGAUGCAUCUUCAGUUAACAAAGUAGAUGUAGUGCAGUAG